CAAUAUGGCGGCAGCCGACACCACCGAGUGCGGGCGCUCCAUGUGGACACACGCAGGUUAUGUUUACUUCAUCUUUGUUUAUUAAAAAGGAAUAACGGUUCUUUGACCUUCGUAAACCUAAAAGAGCAUCUUAUCAUGGAUUCGUCAAAUCUCUACUCCAAGAGUUUAGAAAAGUCAUUGCUUCUUUUAUCAGGAAAUGAAUUAUUUGGUGAAAAUGGCAACGCUAACCAUCUUCUGUCGAAUGGCAACCUCUCAAAGGUUUUAAAUUCACCUUUCACCACCGAAUUAUUUGCCAAUUUCCCACAAUUUUAUGAUAAUAAGGACAUUGAAAGCAGUUUGAAGAAAGCCAUCAGCUGCUGGUUGGAAGCAAACACCUCAAUCGAGUGUCAGUUUCAAAUACUUGUCAUUGGCAUAUCUGCUCUUCUUAAAUUCAUUGAAGACAACUGGACUGGCCCUGCUGUUGAUGAGAGUUUGCAGUGGUUACAGACGCACAUAAAAUAUUUAGAGUUAGACGAAGACUUCAGUAAUCAAAUCAUAUCAAAUUUAGUUCUUGAUGGAGAAUCUCUAGUGAGUGUCACCAGACACCCUGAAUUGCUGGUGCUGGCACGGGCAGCUCUUCUCACUGAACUUCCAAAUUUAGAGAGUUCUUUGUGGUGGUGGAGAUUUCGAUGCUUGUUCAUUCAUCAGCAAAUUUUGGAAGAGAAAUCACCUGUGCUUCAUGAUGAACUGUAUGUUUUAAAAGAAAAACUACAGCAGUGUGAAGAUUUGAGAAAGGAGAAAGAAUUAAAUGUAUUAUUACAUUUAGAGUUAACUCAGAUGCAUUUGUUCUAUCAUGAAGUUCAACCCUCUGAGCAGGUUCUGUCAAUUGCCCUUGUGUCUGCGGGCCUCAAUAUCAACCUUACUGGUGCACUUGGGAAAAGAACAAGAUUCCAACAACGUGAUCUUGCCCAACUCAUGCUAGAUGUUCAGUCUUCUGAACUGAAAACAACGACUCCUAAGCUUCCUCUAGAAGAUUUGCCUAAAGACUUAAAACUUGAUGAUGAAGUUCGAUUAGAUAAAAUAGCCUUUAGCAACACAGGUGAUGGAAAAUAUGGUGAUCUAACUCCUUUGCAGCAGGCCUGUGUUCUUAGUUCAUUUGUCCAAACUCAAAAAUGCCAGCCAAAAGACAAACUGGCUGAUGAGGAACUUCUUGCCUAUUUAACGUGCCUGUUGAGCCAACCUCAAGUGUGGAGUUUUCAGCUCACAUGCCUCAUGUUUCGUUCAAAGAUCGAAUCUAAUCAUUCCCGCACAGUGGAACGCUCUAUGACUCAAGCCCAGGUGCUUGUAGAUGCUGUUAAUGCCAACACUCCUGGCCCUUGGCAGCGUCUAUUUAUGAUUUUCUGUUCUUAUAUGAAGCCUUGGUGGUGUUUAGAAGAGGAGCUAGCCAAUUUGCUAAUCUCCCUUGGUUGCAUUAACAGUGCACUUGACAUCUACUUGCGUUUGCAUUGUUGGGAACAAGUAAUUGCAUGUUACAAUCAUCUGAAAUUAAGACAUAAGGCUGAAGAAAUUAUCAGACAAGAGCUAGAUAAAAAAGAGACCGUGAAACUAUGGUGCUUAUUAGGUGAUGCAACUGAUAAUGUUGAGUACUAUGAAAAGGCGUGGAAUCUUAGCAACCAGAGAAGUGCCAGAGCUCAGAGGCACUGGGGGCUUUAUUUCUUCCACAGAAAGCAGUAUGAAAAUGCAAUCCCUCAUCUCAAAGAAUCUUUGGCUCACAAUUCACUGCAAACAACACUUUGGUUCCAACUCGGGUAUGCUUCCCUUCAACAUGAAGAUUGGACUACGGCUGCAACAGCAUAUCGUCGUUGCUGUUUCUUAGAUCCUGAAAACUUUGAAGCCUGGAACAAUUUAUCCAAAGCAUAUGUGAAACUUGGGCAGAAAAAUAGGGCAUGGAAAGCUCUUCAAGAAGCAUUAAAAUGGGAUUUUGAAAACUGGCGGGUGUGGGAGAACUUUUUGUUAGUUAGUUUGGAUUGUGCUGUGAUGGAUGAAGUUAUUCGAGCUUAUCAUCGCAUCUUAGAUCUUAAACAAAAGCAUGCGGAUGUUGAAGUUUUAGAGAUUUUAGGAAGAGCCAUUAUUGAUAAUUUGCCAGACUGUGAUGGGGAACCCUGUGGAAGACUUCUAGAUAAAUCAUUGACUCUUUUUGGGAGAAUCACAGCUCAGGUGACAAACAACUGGAAAGUGUGGCAAAUUUAUUCUAGAUUAACAUGUGCUAUGCCAAAUGCUACUCCUGAGUCGGAGUUUAGAGGUGUACAACACCUUCAGAAAGCACACCGCAGUGCAAUUGCUGAUGCCGCUUGGGUCAAUGAUAAUGAGAAUUGCCUUCGAAUCAUUGAACUCAGUGAUGAACUAGCAAAUGUGUCUAUGGCUUAUGCUGGUAAAAAUUCCGAUAACAAACAGGCUAUGUCUGUUUUAUCGUCAGCAAAACUUUCUCUGAAAUCGACCUUGACAAAAAUAAAGCAACAACGUCUAGACCUUCUCACAGGGCAAGUUGAUGAAGCUCUGUUGCCUCAGUUCUUAAGUUUAGAGGCAAAAUUAGAAAAAAUUGGAAGUUUAACAGCAUAACUUGCAACUUUACUAUGAGUAAAUUUUCCUGUGAUAAAGUAAAAUAAUUAAAGGUCAACUUUAUAAACAUUGCAA